AUGGCGAACAGAAGGAAUGAGGCGAAGGCUCCUCCUGGGGAAGAACGGAUGAGGAAGGAACGAGACGUGGGGGGGCAUAGUAAGGAGGAACAUCUUGUUCAAUGGAAGAAGAUCAUUCCGUGCAUCUGCUAUGCCUUGUCUUCCAUCUACAUGACACUUGCACAGAAGUAUGUUGUCAUCAACGCUUCCGAAGUCAAGGCUCUUUUUCUCUUCUACCAGAACGCCGCAGCCUUGCUGAUGUUCCUCCCGACCUCUCUCGGCCUCCUUCAACGGUUCCACAUCCUCCCCUACACCUUUUGGGACACUCGCGCGGCUUUUUCUGUCCUCCCCCUUGGUAUCACCUACUCCAUCAUGCUCUACAGCUCCAACUGGGCUCUUUCCCUCUUGACGGUCCCCAUGGUCUCAGUCCUGAAGAACAUCGGCCCUGUAGUUAUCACUCUCUUCGAAUCUUGGACGGAGGGAAAGGAAGUUUCUAUCAGCGUCUUCCUCUCCCUGCUGAUGCUGGUGUCCGGCGGGCUGGUGGCAGCGUAUAACGACCUGAUGUUUGACGGCUGGGGUUAUUUGCUCAUGUUCUUCAACGUGCUUACCAACGUGGUGCAUGUGAAUCUGACGAAGAGGAUGAGGAGUUUGUCUAUCAGAAAGGAGGUUGUCCUGCACUAUCAGUCGAUCUUUAUGUGCAUUUUCCUCCUCCCCGAGCUCAUGAACCAGGACCUUAAUGUCAUUGUCAACGGUUUGCGGGAUCAGCCACUUGUGGUUCAGAUGGCGUUCUUCUCGACUGGAGUGAACGGGAUCGUGAUCGCACUUUGUACCAUGUGGUGCAUCGAGGCGACUUCUGGCAGCACCUACUCCAUGGUGGGAGCUCUGAACAAGAUCCCGUCCUCGAUCCUUGGAAUAUUCAUCUUCAGAAAUCCUGUUAGCGUCCUAAACUUGGUUGGAGUUGGAAUUGGGCUGAUUGGAGGAGUUGUGUUCAGUCUGGACAAGCAGAUUUCUGCGAGAAUAAACCGCUGGAGAAAGUUGGAGUGA